AUGCAUAUCCCAUCCCUCCUCCUUUCCAUCCUUGGAGUAGUCUCCAUUGCUACGGCAUUCCCCAGCCGAAUCUCAAAACCAGGGCAGCUGUCGCAGAAACUCGAUGCAAAUGCAGAUGAAGACAGUCUUCGGUACCAACCAGCCUUCUACUUUGACAAGGGAAAUUGUUUUCGCCGCAAGGCUAUCGAUAAUAAUGGUACCGAAAACACCCGUGUACCAAAUGGGGCCCAUUGCUUUCAGAAAUCUCUACUAUCCAAAAGAAAGGUCUACACGAGGAAGCGCUGCAACAACGAUUGGUGCGCAUACAUGUAUGAGUACGACCUUGCAUGGAGCUUCCCGUGGUACCACGGACCCCGCUGGGAAAACAUAGUGGUCUUUGUCAAAAACAACACCGUCCAGCACGUUGCAGCUUCAGAAAAAGGAGAAUACAUUGGCAGGGACAAGCCCCACCUACAAGAGGGCCAUCCUCUGAUGCUAAAUUAUGCGCCUGUUUCCCAGCUGCGUACUGUCUUUCGGUUUGCCAACAAGGGGCACGUGGAGAAGAUUAGGAAGGAUGUUGGGGAAUGGGUUAUCGUAGAUCUAGUUGAUUGGGAUAGGUCCCCUACACCAGAGCCGAGGAGGGGGGGAACGUUCCAUUUGGCAGAUGAGCACUUUACGGAGACUUUGUACGAGGCAGCUGGGGAAUGUGUUCCUGGAUUUGAUUGUGGGAAAGUUGAAACGAAGGAUUUGCACAAGGAAAAGCAGAAGGAAAAGGUGAAGGCCAAGGACAAGCCUGAAGUGGAGGAGAAGGACUCGGAGAAGAAGUUCGAUAUCAAGGAGAAUGUAAAGGGUAAGGACAAGCUUGAAGCGGAAGAGGAGGACGAAAAGAUUGAGAAAGGUCCGGAGGAGAUGGAGUUUGUGAAAUUCGAUCCUGAGGGGGACCAGCAUGACAAGAAGGAUAAGGAAGAUGACGAGAAGGAAGAGAAGAAGGAGAAUAAAUUUGACAUCAAGGAGCAGAAGGAUAACAAGGAUGACAAGAAGGAGGAGAACCAAUCUGAUAUCAAGGAGCAGAAGGAUAAUAAGGAUGACAAGAAGGAGGGGGAGAACCAAUUUGAUAUUAAGGAGCAGAAGGAUAACAAGGAUGACAAGAAGGACGACAAGAAGGACGACAAGAAGGACGACAAGAAGGACGACAAGAAGGAGGAGGGGAACAAAUUUGACAUCAAGAAGCAGAAGGAUGAAGACAAAUAG